AUGAGGGAAGUCAACUUCAGCAUACCCAACGUCAACAAGGCGUCCGUGGGCAUCACCACGGCUUUGUAUGACCGACGAGCGCUCGACUGCACCUCGACCCUCCCGUUGAUCAACUCGCUAAACCAUCUCGCCUAUCUGACCACGUCAUCGGCCCGUAUCCGAGACAUUCUCACCAUCGAUGGUGGUAUCGAAAGACUAGUCUGCAUCCUGAAGGAGGGUCGCAGCAAGGAUAUGAUGGACAUGUGGAAGUGGAAUCUAGCCUUCCAGUGCGUGGUCAACAUAGGUGUAAGAGGCACAGAGAAUGUCCGAACCCGCGUUGUUGAGGCCGACAUGGUCCCCGUCAUCGCUACCAUCCUCGACAACUACAUCAAAGUCAUCGAAAGGGUCCGCGAGAAGGCCGAAGAAGCAAAGCACAAAUCGGAUCCCCAUAACCGGCACAGGAUUAGUGGCAGCAGCCGGGUGCACAAAGCCGCAAGCUUCUCCUCUAGGCCCACCAACGUAGACGUUGACCAACGCGCUUUCCGUCGUCAGGCUGCCCCUCAGCCUAUUGAUGUUUCAGUUGCCUUGGCUGGUCCUUCGACGGAAGCCGCUGCGCCGGAUACUGAGACAACUCCGACCGCUUCCCGCUUCUCCGGUCAAAUCCUUGGUGAAAGGACUCCUUUCUCUGCACACCGCUCACAUCACCAUCACCAUGGUGUUAGAACACAGGAAUCACAAUCGGCUGUGCCCUCGCCUACUCGUCAUGAAAUUCAGCCGCCUACAUCGGCCGGGCCAUCAUCUGUUGAGAACGUCGAUGGCUUUUCCAGAGCCGUGCGGGAAGCCGAUCGCCUACGGAACAUGGCGCCAUUUGCUCACGCAAACCUUACAUCUCAGCCUGCCUCGCCAACAACUCCUUUGCCGACUAACGUCCGGCCCCCUUCGAUCCUGGCCCCCAAUGGCCGCUCUCGCCGUCGACCUUCAAUUCGUCAUCAACAUUCCACCGCUGCCGAGACAGACGAUAUGAACACCGAUAGCGUAGCAUCCGAUGAGACUCAGGAUGCUGAGAUGUCAGGAACCGCAGACGUACAAAACGAGGUUGGAAUUCAGCAGGUUGCGGUCGAAGAUGGUGAUGGUAUAAUGACUGGUGCUGCUCUUGACCUGGCCACCCCGCCGGCUUCGGAGGCUCAGGAAGCUGGAACCUUUAACAUCACCCACCAAGGUGCCGUGGACGCCAGCAUGGAAAACACCACAACACCAACUCAAGUAACCAACCUUGGUCUGUCUCCAAAUAGGCCGACCAUUGCGAACACCGCACAACCGUCCAUGCCCAAUUCAAGUGUCCCGCGUUACCUGCUGGAUCGCCAUGUAACUCCGAACCCGCAGAUGCUCGCUGCCAUGCCCAGGGAGGAGGACGUGUUGAUGUCGUUGCAGCUGUUGGCCUACGUAUCAAAGUAUUGCAAUCUUCGCAAGUACUUCCAAAAGUGCCACCUUGUUCCCAAGCUCAAGAUUGGCAAGGAGAUCAAACUUCUCGACGGCAUUGAUCCCGCCGAGCUGGAGGCGGAAUUGGAGGCAGAAGAAGAGUGCGAAGAGGAAUACCUCCUCCCCAAUGAUCAAAACAUCUUCCCCCUCGUGGAGAAGUUCACAGUCCGGUACCACAGCACAGACAUGCAAUACUGGGCCGGGGUGGUUAUGAGAAACCUGUGCCGAAAGGACGAUACCCGGGGAGGCAUCCGACAAUGCGCUUACUACCAGUGCGGAAAAUGGGAAGAGUACACAAGGCAAUUUGCGAAGUGCCGCCGUUGCCGUCGUACCAAAUACUGCAGUAAGGAAUGCCAGAAGAGUGCAUGGGCUUUCCACCGCCAUUGGUGCAUUGCCGCCACGCCAUGA